AUGAGCCUUCUGCAGAAGUGGGUGUUAGCAGCUUUCAUCUCCCUCGUGCCUCAGUCAGGUCGCGCUAAGGCGGAGACGCAGCCUGGUGCUUUGCAGGGGAGGUUUCCCAGCCCCAGAUGGGACACAAGGCCGGUUGCUUCAGAAAUCACCCACCCCAGCAGGUUAGUGGGGCAGAGCGCGGGAGGAGAAGUCCAGAAGCAUCAGCUGGACACCAGGGUCAGGAAUGCGCCUCGAGGAGGAGGCAGCCCUUUUGUGCACCUGGCCCAGGUGAGCUUCCUCAUUCAUGCCUUUGGCUCGGCCUUCACCUUGGACCUGGAGCUGAACCACCACCUGCUCUCCUCGCACUACGUGGAGCGGCACUUUGGCCAGGAUGGGAACAGCAGCCACAGCCCGGGAGCGGGGGAGCACUGUUACUAUCAGGGCAAACUCCGAGGGGAGGCGAGGUCCUUGGCAGCUCUGUCCAGCUGCCGUGGUCUGCACGGUGUCUUCUCGGACGGGAGGGAUAUGUACCUGAUUGAGCCCCGCCGAGCAGCCGAGCGUUGGCAGGGGCCCCUGCCUCACCUGAUCCAGCGCAUGCCUGCUCCCCAGCCCGCUCAGGGGUGCACAGAGCCAGGCUGCCUGUUUGCUGCCCUGAGUCACCACGGCCCAGACACCCUGUCCAGACUGCGGAGGAGGCGGCAGGUGCGGCGAGCCCAGCACACCGUGCACAGCGAGACCAAGUACAUCGAGCUGGUGGUGGUCAAUGACCAUCAGCUGUUCGAACAGAUGCGCUGGUCUGUGGUCCUCACCAGCAACUUUGCCAAGUCCGUGGUGAACCUGGCGGACAUGAUAUACAAGGAGCAGCUGAACACGCGCAUCGUGCUGGUGGCCAUGGAAACGUGGGCCUCCGAGGACAAGAUCCACGUGGGGGAGGAUUCGCUGCAGACGCUGAGCGACUUCAUGAGAUACCGGACGGAGGCGCUGCCGGAGCAGAGUGAUGCUGUUCACCUCUUCUCCGGGAGGACGUUCCAGAGCAGCCGCAGCGGGACUGCCUACGUGGGAGGGAUCUGCUCCCUCACCCGGGGUGGGGGUGUCAAUGAGCAGUACGGGAACGUCGGCGCCAUGGCGGUGACUCUGGCUCAGACCCUCGGGCAGAACGUCGGCAUGAUGUGGAACAAGCAGCGGCGCGCCGCAGGGGACUGCCGGUGUCCAGAUUCCUGGCUGGGCUGCAUCAUGGAAGACACGGGGUAUUACCUCCCGCGCAAGUUCUCCCGUUGCAGCAUCGAGGAGUACAGUCAGUUCCUGCAGGAGGGUGGGGGCAGCUGCCUCUUUAACAAACCCUUAAAGCUGCUGGACCCCCCUGAGUGCGGCAAUGGCUUUGUGCAGGCCGGAGAGGAAUGUGACUGCGGCUCGCUUGCGGAGUGUGCAAAGGGCGGCGGCAACUGCUGCAAGAAAUGCACCCUGACCCACAAUGCCAUGUGCAGCGACGGGCUCUGCUGCAAAGGCUGCCAGUACGAGCCGCGGGGCACACCGUGUCGGGAAGCCGUCAAUGAGUGCGACAUCCCGGAGAGCUGCACUGGGGACUCCAGCCAGUGCCCACCCAACCUGCACAAGCUGGACGGCUACUUCUGCGACCACGAGCAGGGCCGGUGCUAUGGGGGCAGGUGCAAAACCAGGGACAGACAGUGCAAUGCACUCUGGGGGCGUGCGGCUGCCGACAGGUUCUGCUACGAGAAGCUGAACGUGGAAGGGACCGAGAGAGGGAACUGUGGGCGCGAGGGCCCAGCCUGGGUGCAGUGCAGCAAGCCAGACGUCCUGUGCGGCUACCUGCUGUGCACCAACAUCACGGGCGUGCCGCGGCUGGGCGAGCUCAGCGGGGAGAUUACCACGAUGACCUUCUACCACCAGAACAGAUACGUCGACUGCAGAGGUGGGCACGUCCAGCUGGUGGACGGCUCGGACCUGAGCUACGUGGAGGAUGGCACGCCCUGCGGCCCCAGCAUGCUGUGUCUUGACCACAAAUGCCUUCCCGCAGCAGCCUUCAAUUUCAGCGCCUGCCCUAGCAGCUGGGACGGGAUGAUCUGCUUUGACCAUGGGGUCUGCAGCAACGAGGGCAAGUGCAUCUGCCAGGCAGACUGGACGGGGAAGGACUGCAGCGUCUACGACCCCAUCCCGGAGCCCAGGCCCACCGGCGAAACCGAGAGAUACAAGGGUCCCAGCGGCACCAACAUCAUCAUCGGCUCCAUUGCGGGCGCCGUGCUGGUGGCGGCCAUUGUCCUGGGGGGAACUGGCUGGGGAUUUAAGAACAUCCGGAGAGGAAGGUAUGACCCGGCUCAGCCGGGGCUGGGCUAG